AUGCAGUUCAAGAACUCCCUCGUCUUGUUGACGGCUCUCACUGCCGGCAGUGCCGUUGCCCGUACCCACGGUCACCAACGCCGUCAUCAACACCAGGAGCGUGCUGUUGGCGACUGGGUCACCGCUGUGAUUGACGGCGAGACCGUCUCCUGGAAGAACACCUACGCCGGCCCUACCGGCGCCCCCGCCGCUCCUGCUCCUGCUGCUCCCACCACCACUGGCGUUGCCGCUGUCAAGAACAUCGCUGAAGUUGCCAACGCUAUUGUUGGUGCUGCCACUUCCACCUCCACUUCCAAGACCGCCACUGCGACCGGCUUCGGUGCUACCACCGCCCCCUCCGGCUCUGGUGUUACCUACUGCGGAAACGUCGGAGUCCCCUAUGGCUCCAACAUCAUCGAAAUCUCCAAGGACGCCUUGAGCUCUUACGACUACACCAUCACUCUUGAUGGAUCCCAGAUCACCGAGGACUAUGAAGUUAUCUUCUGGAACAAGUGCGGUGCCGAUGGUACUCUUACUGGUUUCUUCGGUCACUCUUUCCCCUUGACCGUCAAAGUCUCCCCCAAAUCCAAGUCCUACGUCGCCCUCGACGUCGAUACCCAGGGUGGCUUCAUCGGUUACCCCUCAAGCUCCCCCAUUCCUCGCGCUGCCGACGGAAUCGUUCUCGGUUUCUGGGGUGAGUUCGACUUUGCCUCCUCUGUCAACCACGGCUGGUCUGGUUUCGACGUCUCUGCCAUUCAGGCCAACAUUGCUGGUAUCUCCGCCUUCCCCGGUCUCCACAUCAGCGGUGACGGCCAGACUUCUUCCAUCUCCACCAACCUUGGCUCUGUCUCCAAUGCUUACACCCAGGCUGAGACUGACAUCGGUGGUAUCGGCGGUAACGUUGCCCAAGGCCCUCUUGCUUUGACUGCUAUCCUCAACUACAGCGGUUAA